UCCGUGUCGAGGACAACAACUCACUACCUCUGUCUCUAUCUGCCCUUGAUUCUGAAUCACUGAACUACAAAGAAUAAUUUCAGCACCAUGACCAGAGAUAAUUUCAUUCUGUGUAUUCAAAUGACAUGAAUUGAACUUUUCGCUGCUAUACUUAUAAAUGAGGCGAAACUGUAGGCAGCUACAACAGGUGAACUAUUAUAUAUAUCAAAUGCAUAUGAUAUGACCACAUUAUGACUUAUUAUGAUGAGGAAUAAGAAAAAUAACUGUUGGGACAGCUAUACAGAGUGAUCAUGGUUGGAAAUCUAGUUCUCUUUAAUCUGUUUAUUGUGUGUCUAAUCUGUAGAAUAACUCCUGUAAACUUUCAAUUUAAUUAGUUCUUAAUUAAUUUAAUUAGUUCUUAGUUCUUAAUCAUCUUAGUUCUACUUGCAUUGACUCCACGAAGCCAAAAUGACUUCAUCAUAUAAUGAUGAGACCAGGAGUGAUGUAUCAGAAUCUCUGGAAGUCUGUGAAUUCCAGGGACAAUAUGGAGUUCCAGGAGGUUACUACAAAUCCAAAAGCCUGCCCGUUCUUAACGGAGACUGUCCUACCGUUAAUGAGUCAUUGGAACCGAGGCUGGUCAGUACGACGCAGACUUUAGUAAAUACCGACCAGUGCUUGCCGUUCAAUGAGCUGCAACAGAAAGGAGACUUGAGUGAACUGGAUUCACCCACCAGGACAGAUUUAUCCCCUUCCAUGUCCAGCAUGGUGGGUCUUAGCAGCUCUAUGAGAACUGAAUCCAACCGAGCAGGUGGCAAAAAGAUAGGCUUUUCAUUGGCAAGAUUCAUCCGCUUUCCUGUGAGGAAGUACGUGAGGGUGAUUCUUUCAGACUCUAGGUGUUUUUUGUUCUGUAUGUGUUACCUGACGUUCAUCCAGUCUUUGAUGGUCUCGGGCUACCUUAGUAGUGUCAUCACCACUAUAGAGAAGAGAUACAGCCUUAGAAGUUCAGAAUCGGGACUGCUGGUUAGUUGCUUUGACAUUGGAAGUCUUCUGGUGGUGGUCUUCAUCAGUUAUUUCGGGGGUCGAGGCCAGAGGCCACGCUGGUUGGCAGUAGGAGGGGUGUUCAUCGCCGUGGGCGCAGCUCUGUUCUCCCUUCCGCAUUUCAUCUCUCCACCCUAUCAAAUCCAAGAGGUCAAUUUGUCAACGGGGAACAAGGGCCUGUGCUCGAAUGGGAAUGGGAGCAGAAGGGAUGCUCUGGAUGUGUGGUCCUGUCCAAGGGACCAAGAGGGCAACGAUCACUCCAUAUAUGUUGCCCUGUUCAUCUGUGCCCAGGUCCUGGUGGGCAUGGGAUCCACUCCUAUCUACACGCUGGGACCAACGUACCUGGAUGAUAACGUGAAAAAGGAGAACGCUUCCCUCUACCUUGCUAUAAUGUAUGUGAUGGGGGCUCUGGGGCCAGCUGCAGGGUACCUGCUUGGAGGCGUUCUGAUCGGCUUCUACGUGGAUCCCAAAACCAUCAUCAACAUUGACCAAAGUGAUCCACGCUUUGUUGGCAACUGGUGGAGUGGUUUCCUGCUCUGUGCUUUCGCCAUGCUGUUGGUCAUUUUCCCCAUGUUCACUUUCCCCAAAAAACUGCCACCUCGUCACAAAAAGAAGAAGAAAAAGCAUGGGGCAGACAGCACCUCUAAUGACGACGACGUCCUGAAAGAGAAAUCCAACAGCAAAGGCCAGACUGUGGCAUCCUCCAUGGGCUUUGGGAAGGACAUCAAAGACCUCCCCAAGGCUGCCAUAAAGAUCCUCAGCAACAUGACGUUCCUGUUCGUGAGUCUGUCCUACACAGCCGAGAGCGCCAUUGUCACUGCUUUCAUCACUUUUAUCCCCAAGUUCAUCGAGUCUCAGUUUGGAAUCCCUGCCUCCAACGCCAGCAUAUACACAGGCGUCAUUAUCGUGCCCAGUGCAGGGGUGGGCAUUGUACUUGGUGGCUACAUCAUUAAGAAACUCAAGCUUGGAGCUCGUGAGUCCGCCAAGCUGGCCAUGAUCUGCAGCGGGGUGUCUCUUCUGUGCUUCUCCACGCUCUUCAUCGUGGGCUGUGAGAGUAUAAACCUGGGCGGGAUCAAUAUCCCUUAUACCACAGGGCCGACCCUCACUCUGACCCACAGAAACCUGACGGGAGGCUGUAAUGUGAAUUGUGGCUGUCGGAUCAACGAGUACUCUCCUGUUUGUGGCUCAGAUGGCAUCACAUAUUUCAACCCCUGCCUGGCAGGAUGCAGCACUGUCGGCAAUGACAGCACUGGGAUCAGAAACUACACAGACUGUGCGUGUGUGCAGAGCAGGCAGGUCAUCACUCCACCCAGCAGCGGCCAAGGCAACCAGCUGCAACUGGUCAUAGUGAAGACCUACCUGAACGAGAACGGAUUCGCUGUGUCAGGGAAGUGUGAUCGCACCUGCAACACGCUCAUCCCCUUCCUCAUCUUCCUCUUCAUCGUUACGCUCAUCACAGCUUGCGCACAGCCCUCCGCCAUUAUCGUCACUCUCAGGUCAGUAGAAGAGCAAGAACGACCGUUUGCUUUAGGAAUGCAGUUUGUGCUACUAAGAACUCUGGCCUACAUUCCCACACCAAUCUACUUUGGUGCGGUGAUUGACACCACCUGCAUGCUCUGGCAGCAGGACUGCGGCAUUCACGGCUCGUGCUGGGAGUACGAUGUCACUUCCUUCCGCUUCGUGUACUUCGGCCUGGCCGCCAGCCUCAAGUUUGUGGGCUUUGUGUUCAUUUUCCUCACCUGGUAUUCAAUUAAAUACAAAGAGGAUCGUCUGGAGCGCUGGCAGCGGCGUCUGCCUCCUCUGGGCACCGUCAGCGAGCUCAUCUGUCACGCGGGAGGCCACAAGAGCCACGCUCGUACCCGCUCCUGCCCUGUUUUCACACCCCGUCCCGAGCCCCCGCUCAACCGCGGACACUGCAGCCAGAGCUGCCCCGGAAACACCCUCAAAGCAAUAACCCCACCUGCCCGCUCGCUGCAGGAAAUGCACAUUUGAGGAACGUGAGCCCUGACAUCUGCCUCCAUGUGCCUUCCUGUCAGGUGUCAGACAGCGUGCGACGUACGCCUGUUUUGCUCCGCAUGGCUUUCAGGGGCUUGCUGUGCUCACCGAUCUCAAUGUCACCAGUACAAACUCACAUUGCGUAGUAUUUGCUGUCGAAGCAUAUGGAAGACCUCUCAUGGUGCUAAAUGAGGAACAGAGAGGACAUUUCUCUGUAUCCAAUCUUGGGUUCCAAGAUUAUUAUAUCAAAGACGUAACACAAGCACAAAUGGAUAUCAGUACUAUGCAACGCUGUACCGCAUUAAAGCCUCCAGGCAGUCGCUUUCUACUGUAUGAUCAUAAUUCACAACUGUAUUCCUAACAGUCUCACAUGGUCUUUCUGAACAAAUCUGUGAAGAAAUACACUUCGAAAUGGUGUUAACAACUCCCUUCUGGUUAGUUUGGAGGCGUCAAUGUGAUUCGGAUGGUAUUCAAGGAGCUGUACGAGAACAUUCAGCCUCCUCCAGACAGAUCACAUGGUCCUGUAUGUAAAUUCAGUGCCUCAGAUUGCCCCGUCAGCAGUGAGGUCUGCUGGCACUGAGUGGACUGCUAAAACGCAUUUGGAGAAGGACUUUGAAGCCUUGUCUUCUCGUUCUUCAUCUUCAUAAUCAUUCUGUCUGUUCAGUGAUUGACUGUCAAAUGGCGAUAUGUGUUUAGAUGCAUACUGUUGGAUCAGAUGUUUCUUCAGUGGUCCAGUAUCAGGUCUUGAAGAAGUCAGAUCAAUUCAAUGGAUUCUUUGGCAAAUCCGUAUUCAAACCGGUUUUGUUUUUUGUAAGUGUGAACAACAGAAAACACAUGAAAUCUGUUGUUUACAAACCCGAUCCUAAUCAUAUCCAUAUCUGGUUUGAAAUCUGAUUCAAAUCAGAUUUUUUUUUCUCAGUCUAAAUGGUAAAAUCAGACAAACCAGACAUGGCAAUAUUUCUCUCUCUUUCCUUAUAUACACUCUAAAAAAUAGUUCUUUAUUGGCAUCUGUGAUUCCAUGAAGAACCUUGAACAUCCAUGGAUGCUUUCCAUUGUUCUUUCAAAGUGGAAAAAAGCUUCUUUAGUUUCUAAAAAUGUCCUUCAGAAGGUUCUUUUGGGAACCCAAAAUGGAUCUUCUAUGGCAUCAUUUCAAAACCCAAAAAAGUCAGUGCUUUCGGACAGUAUGGGUUCCUAAAUGUCUCAUUUGGUCUAAAGCUUAAGAGAUGUCAUGAUAGAUAUGAACCAAGGCUAAACGUUUAAUUUGUUGUCCUCUUGUUCACUCCAAGAAUGAUAACUAUGAAUAUUAGUGUCCACACCAAUGGACAAAAACAUUGUUAUAUGAGGUGCAUUUUGAUUGACUGUCAUUCAUCAGCAUAAAAAAAUCAUUCUGAAACUGAUUCCAGUGAUGUUUUUCUUUGUCAUUACCAUUGUGGUGUGACUUCCCUAUUUUCAAUAAAAUAAAAACAUUUAUUAAAACUUUAUAGUUAUCAUGCUUUGUGUGAACAGCCCUUUACACGCAGUUGUUGUAUGAGAAAGUCUCAUGGCAUCAUGUUGAUACACAUCAGAUUUCAUCACCGGUUCGAUCACAAAAAUAUCAUUCCUGGUUAAAAAACAAAUCGGAUUUGUGUGUAGUGUGAACACAGUGAUUCAAAUCCAGAUUCAAAUGAGGAAGAUUCAGGAUUCAGUCGACCGCUCAUGCUGCUGCUGCUGAGUCCAAAUACCUGAGCAUGUCUGAGCAGCUUUAGCGACAGCAUUGGUAAAGCCAUAGCAUAAUGAGAAUGGAUUCUCCGCUUUGGUUUUUGGAGCUGUUGAUGUAUAUGAAUGAGCAUGUGCUUCGGCUACAGCCUGAUCCUCAAGCACUGGCUCUAUUCUUAUGCACCAACUAUGUAUAAUUAAUCCUCUGCCUAAUAAUAUGCAAACCUCAGAUUUUCAGUACUCUGUGAUGGGUUUAUAAAGCCAGUUUGGCAGUUCAUUAGAUGUAGUCCAGUUACUUUUGAUCAGUACACAGUA